CUAGUAUAAUCGCCAUUAACGAACCCAAAAUUGCGGCGAGGGGGACUCAACAUUUAACACAUGGAGACAUUAUAGUAACGGCACGAUAAUAUACACAAUUCGUCACAUCCUCCGAUUCUUCCGUGUUACGAACGGCCGAGAACCCACGAUCCAUGGCCGCAAUGGCAGCUCAACAACCUCCGAUAGCCCCCGGCGGCAGCAGCAGUGCUACGAGAGAUGGUGGGGGCUUACCGAUGCCUUCGCGGAACCCGUUACCGCUGUCGGCAAGUCAGGAGGCACAGGUCCGGGAAGUAUUCAAUGCGCGAGUGAGGGAAAUGUGCUCAGACGAGAUCAAAGCCUUCGCAGACUGCGCCCGCAACCGCACGAUCACGAUCCCGUUCGCGUGCCGCGAGGCGUCGCGGCGCAUGAACAGGUGCAUGCUGGCGCACGCGACUCCAGAAGAGCACGACCGCGCGCGCGAGCAGUGGUUCGCGCAGCGGCAGCAGCGGGCCCGCGAGCGCGAGCUCAAGGAGCGCCGCAAGCUCGACCAGGAGGCCUUCCACCGCGAGUGGUGGGGCCUGCCGGCCCGCGACCCCGAGGAGGUCAAGCGCGAGCUGGAGAAGCUGGGGCGGGCGGAACGGGUUGGUGGGUUUGCUAGGAGGAGGGGAGAUGAGGGAGAGGGAGAUGGGAAACGGUGACGAGGAGGUGCAUGUGUAGGGGUGACUGGAGGAAUAACAUGUGCUGUGGUAUGUGGUAUGCAUAUUUGGGCGUUUACCGGCGGCAAAUUAUUGUACAAAGUUUGGGAUUCGGGUUCUGAUGCACUUCUCCACGUCGUGUGUAUAUCACGAAAAGGGAGUCAUAGGGGAUGUUGAUCUGAGACAUAAUCAUGUCAAUAAUUCCACGAGUAUUAUGACGACAGUUCACGAAUUUACUGGUACGAUAGAGUUGAAUCAAAUUUACCACACCACGCACGACAUAACAUGAUACAUGACUAUGCGAU